AAAUAAUGAAUCUACUAAUUUUUAAUUAAAUGAUUAAUAACCUGUCGAUAGAUGUCAAAUGUCAAGUUAGUUCUUUUUGACGUCUUAAUAGUUGAUAUGACUUAUGACUGCUAAUUAUUGUGUGGAGGCCUUUAAAAUGUUAAAUGGACAGUUUCGAAAGGCCUAAUAAACAAACCAUCUGGAAAUCAGCAAAUCAAAUAGCAACGAUCAUUAAAUUAAAAUAUGAGGAACAUUUUUCAAAUUCUUUUUUCAAACCGAUUAUUGCUAUAAUUUGUGGGUCAGGCUUAGGAAAUAUAGCAGAAAUUUUGGAUGGGGAUGAUGAAAAAAUGAAAAAUAAGCGACUUGUCAUAUCUUAUAAAGAUAUACCUUAUAUGCCCGUUUCUAAAGUGGAUGGACAUUUAAAUCAAUUAACUAUUGGUUUUCUUAAUGGAAAAUACCAAGUUUUAUGCUUUCAAGGGCGAACUCAUUUGUAUGAAGGAUAUCAACCUUGGGAGAUAACAUUGCCAGUCAGAGCCAUGAAAUUAAUGGGUGUUGAAACAUUAUUUGUAACCAAUUGUUCUGGGUGUUUAUCUAAAAAUUUCAAAAGUGGUGAUGUUAUGAUCAUUAAAGAUCAUAUUGAUUUUGCAGGGUUGGCCGGACAAAAUCCUUUGAUAGGUGAUAAUGAUGAUAGAUGGGGCCUAAGAUUUCCCGAUUUGCGUGCCCCGUAUUGUAUCAAACUCAGAAAAUUAACACUCGAAUCUGCCAAUAGUCUCCAUAUGAGCCCUUGCUGCAAAGAAGGCAUUUAUUUAAUGGUAUGUGGCCCCAAUUAUGAGACUAACGCCGAAAAAAACAUUAUGACUAAGUUUGGUGCAGAUGCUAUAGGGGCCAGUACCGUUUCGGAGGUUAUUGUAGCUAGACAUUGCCAAAUAAGCGUUUGCGGUUUGAGCCUAAUAACAACCGAUUAUCAAGAUCCGCUAGAAAAACCAUCUGAACCUUUGCAUGCUGAUCAUAUAGAAAUGGUAUUAGCUCUAUCCUUUGAUGAGGGUUCGAGAAAGAUUGGACAAAUUAUUAAAGAGACGGUGGCCAGAAUGUGAUGAUUUUUUUUUAGAUAUUAAUGUUUUAUCAAUUAAAUUUAACUUCGUUAGGACUGGAGCGAAAUGUUUUUAAGAAAUAUCAUUUACAAUCGCAUUUAUUUUGGGUUAAUUUAGGUUAGUUCAAUUUAAAAUUAUUUAUAAUUUGAA